GUGGCAGGUUUUACUUAAAAAUAAUGCUGUUUAUUUAGCAUGUCUUGGAGACCCUCUUUUGAAGAAACCGCAGACAUGAAUGGCUUUAACGUCCUGCUUCGCGGCAACCAAUUCAUCCUGCUGCUGCUAUUGCUCCUGCAGGUUCAGAGUCUGGGUCUGGAUAUUGAUAGUCGGCCUGCUGCAGAAGUCUGUGCCACUCACGCCAUUUCACCAGGACCCAAAGGAAAGGAUGGUGAAAAAGGAGACACAGGAGAAGAAGGCAAGGAUGGCAAAGUGGGACGCAGGGGACCAAAAGGAGUUAAAGGAGACCUGGGUGAUAUGGGACCCCAGGGCAAUAUUGGCAAGUCUGGCCCCAUUGGCAAGAAAGGUGACAAAGGGGAAAAGGGUCUGCUCGGCAUUCCUGGAGAAAAAGGCAAGGCAGGCACCAUCUGUGACUGUGGGAGAUACCGGAAAGUGGUCGGACAACUAGAUAUUAGUGUCGCUCGUCUCAAGACAUCUAUGAAGUUCAUCAAGAAUGUUAUAGCAGGGAUCCGAGAAACUGAGGAGAAAUUUUACUACAUCGUGCAGGAGGAGAAGAACUACAGGGAAUCCCUGACCCACUGCAGGAUCCGGGGAGGGAUGCUAGCCAUGCCUAAGGACGAGGCUGUUAACACACUUAUUGCAGACUAUGUCGCCAAGAGUGGCUUCUUCCGAGUGUUCAUUGGAGUGAAUGACCUUGAGAGGGAGGGACAGCACGUGUUCACGGACAACAGCCCACUGCAGAACUACAGCAACUGGAAGGAGGGGGAGCCUAGUGACCCCUAUGGCCAUGAGGACUGUGUGGAGAUGCUGAGCUCGGGCAGGUGGAAUGACACCGAGUGUCAUCUUACCAUGUAUUUUGUCUGUGAGUUUGUCAAGAAGAAAAGAUAACUUCCCUCACAUUACACAGUCAACUCUUUUCCUAGACUUCCCAGCAGUUCCAUCCAUCUCUGCCUCCCUAACUACACUGCCUUGCUAAGAUGACCUAAGAAUCCCUUAUCCACUAGCAGCUUCUUCUGUGUCAAUUGUGACAAUUCUGUACAUAAUGUUUGUUUGGGACAUUGUUGGGAAUCUUUAUCUCUUUCUUUUAUUUAGCCCUCUGAUUUAAUGAAGGAAGACUCUAGAACUCCAAAGGGGAAAGAGAGUGUUAUUCCUAAAGAACAUGUUUUAGAUAGUCCUUUUGUGAAAUUGCCCCCUUGCUAUUAAUGGCUUCAUCGUUUUUUAUAAAUGUAUUCAAGGAGACAUUUUUCACCUUCAGCAAAGAGAAUAGGGGUGGGGGGAAGCCUUCAGAAAACUCUAUAAAAGUGUUAAAGUGCGACUCUCUACAAGGCCCCACCCCUUCCAACAAAUAUGUCACUCCUGGAGAGAUUUCACGGGAGGCCUUUCACGCUCUGUAAGUUAACGUUGCUGGGGACGCCCUUCCUGCUAUUUUGACAUCACAGGGCUAUGCCAGGCACAGCAUUUGGAAUGUGUACAGACUCCUCAGUUACCGAGUUGGCAGCAUGCUAUCUCGAGCUGCAGAUCAAACCCCGAAGCCGUUCUUGUCUGGCAUUUGAAAAUAAACAGUUGAACAAAUCUCCAGCUUAUCUCCUUCUAAACUGAUGCUCCACUCACAGGUUGUGACACACGACGCAAUUGUUUAAAAUGCUGGCAAAGCCAUUAGUGAGCUAAGAGAAGCAGAUUGGCGGCAUAUGUUCUCCUCAAGCCAUCUGCUCAUGACGUCACCCAUGACUAACUGCAUGAGAGAUGGGAUUUACUGACAUUCAUUCCGUGAAUUCACCAAGAGUCACAAGCCCAUGUCCUACCGAGUCCAGAGAGAUGGCAUAAAUAGAUGAACCUGAAGGGCCCAAGCCCCGUAGCCACUAAGCACAGCCUGCCCUUUGAAGGAACCAGCCCCUCAUUAGCUACCGCUGUUGCUGCCACUCAGGACCCAGCACCCCUGCCAGCCAGUGUUCUGACAUUUGAACAGAAGUCAGACAGCUGCAACUUUAUAACUCUGUAUUCUUAAGUGUUGACAAUUAAUCAAUAUCUAACCUAGAUUUUUUUUUUAAGACCUACAAACGUCUGCUAGCCAAAUUGUGAACUUUCGAUUUCCAUCUCUGGAGAAAGUUCUAAUUGUGCCAAGUGUCCUUAGGAAAUGAUGACAUCAAAGUCAGGUCUCUUGUGGAUGCCUUAUUCAGUUCAGCUCAACAGGAGAAAUUUGUUAAACCUUUGACAUUUACCAGGUUAUUAAACUAGUUAGAGUCCCUUUUGAGGAUGUGACAUAAGGUAUCUGGAAAGCUGAUUAGUUUGAUACAGUUACAAACCAGGGCACUGUGCCAACUGCCAGCCAAGAUCUCAGAGAAUGGGAACACCCAGAAACACACAGAGGAAAAGAAAGAGCUGAGAAAUGACUGAGAGACGAGAGAGGCAGCCAAGAGCAAACACAGCCUAGGGCGGCUCCUGUUGGAUCCAUGUUCGCAAUUGCUCUGUGUCCCUGAAGUCUGAAUAUUUUGAACAUAUGGCAAAUGCUAUCCUUUCUAUUACAAAUGUUAUAAUGCUAACAGUAAUGCUCUCAAUAACUCAUUUUAGUUUGGAAAACACUUCUAAGAGUCGUUGACAGCUUCAACGAAUAGAACCCAUCCGAAACCUUGCCUGGAAGAACCUCCUAAGACAUUACAUAUUUGAUCAUAAUUAUAUGAACAUACAUACCUUUUACUUUUUUUCAAGUUAAAGCACCAGUAUAUAAUCCAGGCUGUCCUUGAACUCUCAGUCUUCCUGACUCAGCCUUCUGGGUGCUGGGUAACAGGUGUGCAUCACCCUACCCAGCUGAAAACGUACCAUUGGGAUGUGUUUUCUGUUUUGUAAAUGUUUUUAAAGGUAAAACUAUUCAUUGUAUUGCCUUCCUAUUAUUAUGCCUUCAUACUACAAGCAUAAUCCUUUCAUAUAUGAGGGAAAGCAUCUAUUAUAUAAUUUUGAAUGGUGAUUGAAGAAUAGCCAUUUUCCAUUGGUCCUGUAUACAUAGACCUUUAUAUAACAUAAGGAUGUGUUUCACUGUAACUCUAACAGAUGACAGUUUGUAUUUCAAUGUUUGGGUAAUUUAA